AUGGGAAAUUCAUCUUCGAUGCUGACUCAGUACGACAUCGAAGAGGUCCAGGAGCAUUGUAAUCACGCCUUUUCUCAGCAAGAGACAGUCUCGCUGUACCAGAGAUUUUGCCAGCUCGAUCGGAGCAGCGGUGGGUUUAUCUCCGCCGAUGAGUUCCUCUCCGUGCCUGAGUUCGCCGUCAAUCCUCUCGCUCAGAGAUUGCUGAGGACGGUUGAUGGAUUGAAUUUCAAGGAGUUCGUUGCUUUCCUGUCUGCAUUCAGUCCUCGCGCCACAUUGCAGCAGAAAAUUGAAUUUAUCUUCAAGGUAUACGAUUCGGAUGGAAAAGGGUCAGUUUCAUUCAAAGACUUAUUGGAUGUGCUCCGUGAUUUGACUGGACAUUUUAUAUCUGAAGAACAGAGGGAGCAAGUGCUGAAGCAGGUUCUUGAAGAAGCAGGCUACAGAAAGGACUCAUCAUUAGUUUUUGCCGACUUUGUAAAGAUCCUAGGAAAUCCGGGCUUAAAGAUGGAAGUUGAGGUUCCGGUAGAUUAG